AAAUCCCUUCAACAAAUUUUAAGCCCGUCCAAUUGGAAAUUUAUCGAUUACAGGCCGUUUCUGGUUGCGUGGAAAAACAAUAAAACCACCCUGUAUCAUGGUGACUGGCGACCCGGUAGCAACAAAGUCCCCAAACGCAGCGGCUUCGGAUGAUAACGACUACACCGCAUCCAUGUCGCACCUGACCAUUGGCCAGCAAAUCCAGGAGCUGUCCAAGCAACUGCAGAACACCAAGGAGGAGCUGCAUCAACAGGUGCGCGACAAGCACGGAGCUCUACUGCAGCAGGCCACCCACGCUGGGCGCUUCGAUGCGGCUUUAAACGCGCUAGCCGAGGAUGUGCAGCGGGUCAGGGAAACGGGACACCGGCUGAAGAACCAGGUGGACACGCAGUACCAGCAGGUGGAGAACCAAACGCAAGUGCUAGGGCGUUUGCACGAUGUCAGUCACCUACUCCGCUCGGCUGGAACAUUACUGAGCCUCACGGCCAAACUAAAAGCGACCAAGGAUGUCCUACGCCUGGCCGAAAUCCACUUUGAGUUGGGCCAACUCAUCGAAGACAAGGAGCUAAAGGACAUUGAUUUUAUCCAGCAGGAGCGAGCUUAUGUGAUCAGCUCGGCUCAGAAGAUAAGGAACCUCACGCAGAUGCAGUUGGUCACUGGGCUCCAGGAGCGCAAUGAAAACCAAGUGGUUAAUGCCUUGAAGAUCUUUAUGAAUUUCAAUACUCUGGAAAAAUCCCUGGAUAACCUAUUGGCCACCUUUAUUGCCGACAUGGAGCAAUCGCUGAAGGAGUGCUUUGCUGGCAACGAUAUAUCUGUGCUGAACAAGUCCCCGACGCACAAUGUGAGCAAACCAGGUCCCUCGAGAGGACCGGGAAAAACUCCCCAGUUGACAACCACUCAAAACUUCCGUGCCAAGUUCUGGAAGUCUCUUCACUGGCUGCUCUAUGAUGAACUCUUUGAGACUUGCACGCAAAUCAAGCUGCUCAAAACGGCUCUCGAGCAGAUCAACCAGUUUGGCUAUACAUCAGAAUCAUCGGAUCAGUGCAUUCCGCAGCGUUUUUGGCAGCAGGUGCAGCAGCUUCUGCGAAAAUCCUUCGACGAAUGCCCCCAGCACGUUACGCAGACGCUUCAGGAGGGACUCUCAAAGCUCCUGACCUCCGCUCGUGGCCUGGAGCAGCGUCUGCAUGGCGAGUUUCAGUUUGACAACGAGCUAUUUGCUCCCCUCGAAGUGGGUUACGUUAGCAAGUGUGCUGCCAACUUUAAGGCCUGUCUAGCGGGAGUCGAUUUACCCGGCAACGAAACGGUGGACAACUUUAUUCGUGUGGCAUCAACGGAGCUCAGUGCUGCUUUGAUCGAUUCCCGUCUCACGAAUGCCAUAGCAAAUGUUUUUGCGGCCUGCGGAAAAGAAUUGUGCACAAAACUAGAGGCACAAAUCAAGCUGGGAGCUGAUUCCAAGCAGGUCGUGGAUCUGCCCAAUCUGCAGCAGCAGCAAAACACUCAGCUGGCGAAUGUUCUGUUCUACUAUAAGGAUUCAGUGCGUCGCAUGCUCAGUGAUCUUCAUGUGCAAUUUGAAAAGACACCGGGAACAGCUAGGGAAAUUAUAUCCCGAUCCUUGGAACAGGCUGAUUUACUGAUCGGCACCAUUCUACAGCAGAUAAUGGAGUCGAUCAUCACGACCAUUAGCAUUAUUGUAUUGAGUAUGCACAGGGAGCCGGGAUUGAACUCGGAGAGGAUGUCUACCACAGGUCCGUCGAUGUACAUGAAGGAACUGCAGGAGUUUGUCAACCGAUCCUGGUCGCAUCACAUUGCCCUGUUCGAUGACAAGCAGAUGACGAAAAAGUGCGGCCACGAGCUGGCCAAACGAUGCAUUGAGCUCUUCCUGCACAACGUGUGCAUUCUGCGACCUUUGAGCUCCUGCGGAAGGCAGCGUUUGAAGCAAGACUGCCAGCACAUGGAACAGGCUUUGAAACCUCUUUGCCCAAAUCUCGCCGAGCUGGGGAAGCCGUCGCGUCUGCUAAGAGCCAUGUCCCUGCUGAUCGUCCAAACGGCCGAGGAGCUGGUGAAGCAGACAAUCGGCGAGGAUUCUCUAGUGCCCAGUUAUAUAGUGCUGCUGCUGCUCUUCGGGCACGCUGGAGCAGAUCUGCAGUCGCCACACACGACGGCCAACUGGUCCAACGAGCGGCUGAUCGAAUGGCUGGAUGGGCACACGGCUGAACGGGAGAAACUAGAGCUGAUCUCGGGAGCACUGCAACGGUAUCGGGACAAUGCCAGGCGAAAGAACAUUCAGCAGUACGACGAAGUUUACCCCAUGAUGGUAGAGUAUUUUGAACAGGCCUUAAAGGCACUUCCAUAAAUGUCUAAUGUAUUAUGUAUCUAGAACUAUGUAUGUAAGAGCACGAAUAUGUUUGUAAUAAACAUCUGAACGUCCUUCACAACAGGCUGUUAAAUCA